GUAGGCAAAGCGGAAGCGCGCGCAGAAAUCAAUGCCGCAAAAUUUUCAAAGCAUGCGCUCGGACCGUGUCGCGGCGGAUCACGGUUAUUCCCCGUGUACCUAUAGUACGCGUGAAGAAAUAAAUACGGUGUGCUGCAGUGUGUGAUUGUGGCCGUGUGAUUAAUACUUCUGGUCCCCGGGUCGAAAAAAAACGUGUGUAUGUGUGCGUCAGUGAGUGUAUGUGCUGGGCAACGGUGGUGUGUCAAGUUCACCGUAAAAGAACCGCACGCGACGCUUUGUCUGUAAAAGCUUCUUCCCGUCGAACAAUAUGGACCCAUAAAGACACGGCGUUCGCCAGUUGCGUUCGUUCAUUUUUGGCUGGUGUACAGAAAAAAGGAAAGCGAAAAAGCCCGUAUUGCGGGGCCGCGCAAACAUGGACGAGAACCUGAGCCGGGGCUACGUGCAGUUGGGCAAGGCGAGGGGCAUGAAUGAAUUCAAAUUCUCGAACGGAUUCACACAUCUGUCGCCGCCUGUCGACAAACGGAACUUCAUAUUCUUCGCCCUGAUACUCAGCGGGAUAGGAUUCCUCUUGCCGUACAACAGCUUCAUCAUAGCAGUAGAUUACUUCCAGACGAGAUAUCCUGGAACCACAGUGAUAUUCGACAUGUCCCUCGUUUAUAUUACCAUGGCCUUCUUCGCGGUGUUUGCGAACAAUAUUUUAGUGGAGACACUGUCUUUGAACACCAGAAUAACAUUCGGAUAUUUGGUGUCUUUUGUUACCUUGAAAUUCAUUGUGGUAUGCGAGAUCUGGUGGGAAUUCUUCAGCGUUGCUACUUCGUAUACCAUUAAUUUAGUUGCCGUUGCAAUUGUAUCACUCGGAUGUACAGUUCAACAAUCGAGCUUUUAUGGAUACACAUCUAUGCUUCCCACGCGGUAUACUCAAGCGGUAAUGACGGGAGAAAGUAUUGCCGGUCUCUGGGUAUCUAUUAAUCGAAUAUUUACAAAGUCACUGCUCGACGACGAGCGCAGUAAUACAUCCAUGUUCUUCAUCUUAUCGAAUAUAACAAUCCUGAUGUGCUUCGUAUUACACCAAGUGGUUCGUAAGACUGACUUCGUGCAAUUCUACAUAACGUUGUGUCAGGAAAGGAAUCGUAUAACGUUGGAACCGACCGAAGAUGUUGGUUUGAUGGAUCCUCUGGAUCAAGUUGGGGAUCCUGCGAAAGGUCAGUAUGGAGUUUUGAAAAUCCAGACUAGUCCUUUAGGGAACGAGUCUGCAAGUGGUAACACUGACUUGAAUGGGAUGAAUCAAUAUUCAGCAUUUUCAUUCAGUAAUCCUGUGUAUGAACCCAGUGCACCAUCAGGAAAUCCUCCUGGUAGUGCUGGUCCCACUUACAAGGUUGAGGAUGUUGUAGUUAUGAAAGGAACAUACGGAUCUCAAACCAAUAAACCAUGGCCUGAAAUUAAAAGAGGUUUACUUGCAAGACUCGAAGUGGCUAAGAUAAUAUUUCCAUACAUGGCCAGCAUUGGUGUAGCAUAUUUUGUUACGCUUUGUCUAUAUCCUGGCAUUAUGUCAGAAAUAAUUUCCUGUAAACUAGAAUCCUGGAUGCCAGUGAUUCUGAUGACUGCUUUCAAUGCUUCUGAUGUACUAGGCAAGCUACUUGCACUGAUACCAUACGACUGGAAACGUACUCAAUUAUUAUAUUUUUCAACGGCCCGGGUCAUACUGAUACCUUUAUUCCUAUUGUGUGCACUACCAAGAGGUGAUCCGAUCCUCGCUGCUGAAGAGUAUCCACUGCUAUUCUCUUGCUUACUUGGCGUCACAAAUGGUAUUGUUGGUUCUGUACCAAUGAUGCAAGCACCUACCAAAGUUCCAGAAGGACACCGUGAAUUAGCAGGGAAUAUCAUGACCUUAUCGUACACCACGGGUCUGACAGUAGGCUCGUUAUUGGCUUAUAUGAUGGACACAUGCUUUGGUCUACCAGUUCAAGCUAAAGACGUGUGCUCUAAGGCAGUGAAACUCACAAUAAUGCCGUUGGCUAAUUCGACAACAAGCACUUUGGCAUACGUUGCGUCUUCCACUUUGCCUACGCUAGAAACCGUUACACCAAAGGUUAAAACUACCGUCGGUGUUCUGACAACUCUAUUAACGUCCACUUUAAUUUCAAACGCUACCGUUAGCACAUUGACAACUGGUAUUAUGGAGGCAUCCACAACUGUAGCCCCGAAAAUUUUAGUCAAUGUAACCGCUGCCGCGGUUAAUAAUGCGAUUUUGCAACACUAGGACACGCAUGUUUGUGUGUUGUGUUGAAUCUGGUGUUUCGUGUGAAUAAAGCUAAUAACAAGAUCUCUGAACAAAAAUGUUUCUUCAUUAAUUAUCCGUUCUUCGUAUCCUUCGAUUUUUUUUUAAAU